AUGAUGCAUGAUGAUGGGGAUGCCGUUGAAGAAGACGCUGUCGACGUCCUGCUUGAGGACGAAGAAGCGAUUACUACUGAGAUUGAAAACGAUCCAGUAGAGGUACUUGAAAACGAUCCCGUGGAACUUGCUGAGGAAGGCGACGAAGUUUCAGUUCCAGAUAAAGAGAACGUAGAGGUUGCUGAGAUAGAAGGCGAUACGGUCGAGAUACUUGGCGACAGCUCGGUAGAGGAGGUCGAGGAGGUCAACGGUGGUCCCAUUAGGGAUGUCGAACUACUCCAAGAGGAGCCAGUGGAGCUGCCCGACGAACCGGAUGAUUCAGUGGAGGUAGUCGCACCGGAGGAUGAGAUAGAAUCUGUGGAGGAGAUGCUCGAAGAUGAUCCUCUGCUCGUAACAGAGGACGAGGAGGAGCCAGAGAAAGAUAUGGUGGGUGAAGACAAUGAUGAUGGCGAAGUUAAGCUGAAUGAAACAGUGCUUGAGAAACUUGAACCUGAAGAAGAUGGUGUGGCACUAGCUGUUGAGGAAACUGUUGAGCUAUCCGACACAGAUGAGCUUAAGCUAGCAGAGCUGGAAGUACUUGUACUAGUAGACACUGAAGGACUGUUUGUGCUGCUUGAGCUACCAGAAACCGUAAGGCUGCUUGAACUGACAGACGCCGUGACGCUGCUUGAGCUGAUAGACGCCGUGGGGCUGAUUGAGGUACUGGAAACGGUGAGGCUGCUUGAGCUACUCCAGCUUGAUGAUGUUGCACUUCCAGAUGUUACGCUGCUUAAGCUACUCCAGCUGGACGAACUCGUAAUGGAAAUAGAAGAGCUCGAUGAUUGA